AAAGAAAGGACGAUAGGUCAUGAAUCCUAGCUGCAACUUGAGGUUUGAAUCGUACAGAUUUUAUAAUGACAGUAAAAAUGUUGUUUUGGUGCCACCUGCGUAUGCCCCAGACGAUACAGGUUCCCCAGGAAAUCCAGGAGAAGAUAAUGACCACUCACGAACAGUUAUAAUAGCGGUGGUGUCCGUUACUGUUGGCUCAAUCAUGCUCCUUUGUUUCGGCUACUAUUACUGGCAGAGAAAAAGGAGCAAGAGCUGUAAGGAGAUUCUGAAGAAAAACUUUGGAAGUGAAUUUAAGGAGCUGUGCUAG